AUGGUCGAGUGCCAUGGCAGGCGCCGCUCCCGUUUGCGAAAUCCCUGGGCCUGCUCGCUGCUGACCCUGAUCACUACGCUGGCCGCCUUUUGCGUGCUCUUCCUCAUGCUUCAGUCCUUCAUGACUAGGCAAUUGGAUCCCAAAGGGUGCGAAAUGUCAUAUAUGCGGCCUGCAUUUGCUAGAUUUUCGGAUUUUGAUACCGAGCAUACCCGCUUUGCGAGCAAAUACUCGCUGUAUCUGUAUCGUGAGGGAGGCAUAGACGAGGAUAUCAGGGUCAAAGGCGUCCCUGUUCUUUUCAUUCCCGGGAACGCUGGAAGCUACAAACAGGUCCGACCCCUCGCCGCCGAAGCAGCAUAUCAUUAUCACAACGUGAUCCAACACGACAUUGGGGCGAGCAGGGCAGGAAAGAGACCGUUGGAUUUCUUUUCGGUGGACUUCAACGAGGAUAUUACUGCCUUCCAUGGACAAACAUUGUUAGACCAGGCUGAGUACCUGAACGACGCCAUCUCCUUCAUCCUCUCUCUGUACCACACCCCGUCCCGCUGCCUGCGUGACUCGGAUCUACCAGACCCCAGCUCGGUCAUUAUCGUUGGGCAUUCAAUGGGAGGAAUUGUUGCCCGAACGAUGCUUACAAUGCCGAACUACCAAUCAAACUCUAUCAACACAAUAGUUACACUCUCCGCCCCCCACGCACGACCUCCGGUGUCCUUUGAUGGAGAUAUUGUGCGCACAUAUAAAGAAGUGAACGACUAUUGGAGACACGCGUAUUCGCAGAAAUGGGCCAUCGACAAUCCCCUCUGGCAUGUCACUCUGAUUUCGAUUGCUGGAGGAGGGUUAGACACUGUUGUGCCCUCGGAUUACGCCAGCCUAGCGUCGCUCGUUCCUGAAACACACGGUUUCACUGUGUUUACUGCCUCUAUUCCGAAUGUCUGGACCGGCAUGGACCAUCUGGCCAUUACCUGGUGUGACCAGGUUCGAAAGAGCAUAGUCCGCGCCCUGUACGACGUGAUAGAUGUUUCAAGACCAACACAGACGCUUCCGCGCGCCGAACGUAUGCGAGGAUUCAAGCGAUGGUUUUUGACUGGCCUUGAGGAUAUUUCAGAAAAGACCCUGCCACACAAAGAACCGAAAACCCUCCUCACUUUGGAAGACAAUUCGAACGCAAUCGUCCCUCAGGGUGAGAAACUUAUUCUAAGGAGCCUUGGGCAAGCGCAGAGGAAGCCAAAGGCCUACCUUCUUCCAGUCCCACCACAAGGAGCACCAGAGGGGAGAAAGUUUACUUUACUCUCCAAUGAGCGGCUGGAUUCGCCUGGCGAGUAUGGAAAGCUCGAGGUCCUCUUCUGCAGUGUCUUCCCGCUACAGGCUGGACAAUCAGCAGCCCUCUUCUCAAUGAAUAUGGACCUCUCUGGCGAUAGUUCCGGAUCAACACGGCUCGCCUGUAAGAAUGCCGCCGACGACGUGAUCACGCUUCCAGCCUCCACCCGCCAUUCGAGUCAACCUUUCAAGACAGACGAGCAGCCGUUCUCGUACCUGCAGUAUGACCUCGAAGAUCUUGCCGAGCAUCAAUUUGUGGCUGUGGUCGAUAAGGCAGGCGAGCACAGCACUGGCUGGGUUGUGGCGGAUUUUAAUGCUCCGUCCCAAUCAGUCAUCGAUAUCAACAUGGGUCUGCAACGUCUCUUGACUACUGGUCUUAGCAUUAGACUUCCAGCGCGGCGCCCGAUGGUGCUAGACAUCAAACUUUCAGCCCUGCACUCAAGUCUCCUAGCUUAUAAGUUCCAUAUUGGUAAACAAACCUGCGACAUGGGAGAGCUAUUUGCACCUCUUCUUCGACAGUACAUUACAGAGGUUUACGAGUCCAAAUUCUUUGUUAACGUCAAGGAUGCCAACAUUAACUUGCAUGGGAUUGCGCCUUACAUGCCUCCUCCUUUCCUGGCCAAGGGCUCGGGAAAUGGAUUGUCAUUGCAGAUCUGGACAGAUCCAACCUGCGAUAGCGCCAUGGACAUAUCUUUGAAAAUUGACGUGCUUGGCAGCAUGGGCAAGCUGUGGAUGCGCUAUCGUCUUGUCUUUGCCGCUUUUCCUCUGCUUGUUGUUGCUCUUGUCCUACGACAACAGUUCAGAGUAUACGAUGAAACCGCCAUCUUCAUGAGUUUCUCUGAGGGCUUCAACGAGUGCUUGCGCUCUUCGCUACCCUUCGCCUUCGCUGCGUUAACGUUCUUGUCAAUUUCUUUGGCAGGUGCGCAUCACCGGACCUCUAAAUCCGCCCAACACUGGCUUUUCAGUGGUGGAAUGGGCAACGCCUCGAAUCCGUUCGGCAACACCAAUCACGAGCUUCUUCUUGGAUCCGACGAUGCCUUCUUCUGGUUCCUAGUCCCGCUCUUCGGAUUGAUGUGUGUGGGAACCUGCGCUGUGGUGAAUUACAUUGCACUCUGCCUGACCUAUGCUCUCACCAUGCUCUACUCGGCCAUACACUCAACCUCCCUUCGCUCUGAGGAUGGCAGGAGAACCCCGACAACCUUUGCUGUCACCUCGACCCGACAGCGCGUCAUCACGACCUGCAUUCUUCUGUCUCUAGUAUCGACAGUGAUACCCUACCAUUUUGCGUACAUGGUACUUUGCAUCGUGCAGAUAGCGACUUGUGUGCGUGGCUACAAACUGGUCAGGGAUUCGCCCCUCGAUACAAACUACAAUUUCUACAACUACGCCCACUCUAUCCUCAUCCUCAUGAUUUGGAUCCUCCCCAUCAACCUACCCGUACUGGUGGUUUGGAUACGAAAUCUGGCUGUGCAUUGGCUUACCCCCUUCUCGUCGCACCAUAACAUCCUGUCUAUCAUGCCCUUCAUACUCCUUGUUGAAACGCUCAGUACUGGCCGCAUGAUCCCACGGGUUCAAUCCCGCUUCCGCCUCUUUACCAGCCUUUUUCUCUUCGCUAUCGCCGGAUACGCUGCCAUCUACGGUGUCACCUACGCGUACGUGCUUCACCAACUUGCCAACAUACUUUGUGUCUGGUUUGUUGCAAUCCAUUUCGACUUCUCCUCAUUAUCCGUUCAAAGACUCAGCACGAUGCUAGAAACAAUGGAUCCGGAUGGCAGCGUCAAGAAACGACCUUAA